GAGUCAGAACUACAAGUCGCUCAUCAAUAAUACUUGAGACAAGAUGGCGACUGAAGGCAAAUAUGAGUCAAUCUUGUGCGUUAAACCUGAUGUCAAUGUGUAUCGCAUUCCGCCUCGGGCUACAAAUCGCGGUUAUAGGGCAGCGGACUGGAAGCUGGACCUACCUGAUUGGUCGGGCCGCAUGAGGGUCACAGCCAAGGGGAAGGUAGCGUACAUCAAGCUGGAGGACAAAGUCUCAGGGGAGCUGUUUGCACAAGCUCCUGUCCAAGAGUUUCCCGGUAUCGCUGUGGAAAGUGUCAGCGAUUCGAGUCGUUACUUUGUGCUGCGGAUACAGGAUGAUAAUGGCCGCAGUGCGUUCAUCGGUGUUGGGUUUGGGGACAGAGGGGACGCCUUUGACUUUAACGUUUCUCUACAGGAUCACUUCAAGUGGGUGAAGCAAGAUAACGAAAUCAGCAAAAACUCUGGGGCAGCAGAUUCAGGACCGAAGCUGGACCUCGGCUUCAAAGAAGGACAGACCAUCACUCUUAAUAUUGGGCAAGGUAAGAAGAGAGAUAAGCCCCGCCCACAGGGAGCAGGUGGAUUUGGACUCCUCCCACCACCUCCGGGGGCAAAGAUAGCCCCUCCUCCCUCGUCAGGCUCCUUCAAUCACAACAUUGUUCCCCAGACAGGCAACACAGAGCUGGACAGUAGCAACUCUAACACUGUGAUGCAGUCCGCCUCAGUAUUGGAGGUGUGGGGAGACUUCUCUACUCCUGCCAGUUCUUGUCCUCCGCCACCUGUGCCACAGGAGACUGCUACCAGCUGGAUUCAGUUCUGAGCCCGCCUUGCCUCGCCCUGCCUCACCUGCCUUUCAUGCGACAUUCACAUGCGUUUGCUAUCCCUGGAGGAGUCUUCUCCAGCUCUGUUGCGCCAUACUCCCAGCUGAAAGGCCUAGAACGCCAAUGUUCACACUGAAUUUCAUUGCUGGCCUUUUUCUUUUAAGUAAUAUUAGAGAUUUAAAUAAUAUAACAUCCCAAAUUCGUUUUAACGUUCCUUUUAUCUUUGAAGGUCACCAGAAAUAUAUGUUUAGGAAGUUCAAUGUCUAAGGGCUAUGCUGAUUGACAUUAUGUAUAUGAGAGAUUCUAGCAUUACUUAACAAUGUUACCAUUGAUCAUCAAUGCUGGGUUCCACUUGUUGAAAUGUCCAC